GCCAUUCGCCCGCAGGCCCGGGACACCUGAGCAGCUGGCAUGGGGCUGCAGCCAGGCGUCUUACUUGUGGGGCUGCUGCUGCUGGGUCAAGGGAUCACCCAAAUCCACACAUCUUCUGGAAAGAGCACACUGGAAGGCCAGCUAUGGCCAGAGACCAAGAAGAACUUUCCAUUCUCGUGUAGCCCAAAGAAGCUGGGACUGAACAUGCCUUCUGAGUCAGUGCACACUCUGACGCCUGCUGACAUCAAACUCAUAGCUGCCAUUGGCGAUAUGGAAACUCCUCCAGACUCUGGUGCAGUCAACCUGGACACCAGUGAAAGGACUGAGAAAGAACCAUGGCGGGGGUGCAUGGGAAUGAUGACAGUCCUUUCAGACAUCAUCAGCCACUUCAACCCUUCUGUUCUGCUGCCCACGUGUCCUCCCUGGAGAAGCGCUGCUGUCCGCGGUGGUGUUGAAGAAUUACGGACUCAGGCUGAAGAACUGGUGAGCAGCUUGAAGAAGAACCCGCAACUUGAUUUUCAACAGGAUUGGAAACUCAUCAAUGUGUUCUUUAGCAAUGCAAGCCUGUGUUACCUGUGUCCCUCUGCUCACGAGAAUGGACCCUUGAUGAGCAACAUGGACAAGCUGGCUGGGAUUCUACACUACCUGCACCAGGAGGUCCCCAGAGCAUUUGUGAACCUGGUGGAUCUCUCUGAGGUCGUGGCCAUGCCUCGAUGGCAUCAGGGGACUCUGCUCAGCAGACCCUCACCGGAGGCCUGUGGUUGCUCAGGGGAGACCUCAAAGCUGGAUACGGUUGUAAUGCAGUGGUCUUAUCAGGAAACCUGGGACAGCCUCCUGGCCUCCAGCAGCUUCAACGAUCAGGAGUCCUUUGCAGUGGUUUUCCAGCCUUUCUUCUACGAGGUGUCAUCUCCUGUGGAAGAACCCCCGUCCCAGGACCCCACCACACUGGCCCUGAGCCUCUGGAACAACAUGAUGAAGCCAGUGGGACAGAAAGAUGAGCCUUUCAGCACAAUAGAGAGGAGGCCAAUGAAGUGUCCGUCUCAGGAGAGCCCCUACCUGUUCACCUACAGGAACAGCAACUACCAGUCCAGGUUGCUAAAGCGCCAGAGGCAGCACAAGGAGAGAGAAGGGACGGAAAUCAGAUGUCCCGACAAGGACCCUUCCGACUCCACUCCCACCUCAGUUCACAGGCUAAAGCCAGCUGACAUCAAGGUCAUCGGUGCCUUAGGCGACUCUCUCACAGCAGGCAAUGGCGCUGGGUCCAGGCCUGGGAACAUCCUGGAUGUCCUGACUGAGUACCGAGGCCUGUCCUGGAGUAUCGGUGGCGACCACAACAUCAGCUCGGUGACCACGCUGCCCAACAUCCUCCGAGAAUUCAACCCUUCCCUGAAAGGCUUCUCCACUGGCACUGGUAAAGCAAACAGUGUAGGAGCCUUCUUUAACCAGGCUGUGGCAGGAGCCCGCGCUGGGGAUUUGAUCCCUCAGGCCAGGACGCUGGUGGACCUGAUGAAGAAUCACACGAGUAUAAAUUUUGAGGAAGAUUGGAAGAUAAUCACUGUGUUCAUAGGAGGCAAUGAUCUCUGUGAUUUCUGCAGUGACCCGGUCACAAAUUCCCCUGAGAACUUCACGGACAACAUUAGGCAGGCUCUGGACAUCCUCCAUGCUGAGGUUCCUCGAGCAUUUGUGAACAUGGUGAAGGUGCUCCAGAUAGUUAACCUGAGGGAGCUGUACAAGGACAGCAGAGUCAGCUGCCCGCGGCUGAUCCUCAGGAACCUGUGUCGCUGUGUCCUGCUGCCUGAUGACAACUCAACAGAACUUGAGUCCCUCAUUGAUAUAAACAAGAAGUAUCAGGAAAGGACUCACCAGCUGAUUGAGAGCGGACGAUAUGACACAAGGGAGGACUUUACAGUGGUCCUGCAGCCGUUCUUUGAAAAAGUGGACAUACCAAAGACCUCGGAGGGCUUACCUGACAACACUUUCUUUGCCCCUGACUGUUUCCACUUCAGCAGUAAGACUCACGCCCGUGCAGCUAGCGCCCUCUGGAAAAACAUGCUGGAACCCGUUGGCCAGAAGACAACACAGAACAAUUUUGAAAACAGCAUUGAUAUCAUUUGUCCAAACCAGGCCUUUCCAUACCUGAGUACCUACAAGAACGGUAUAGAGGGCCAUGGAACCUGGCUAACAUGCAGAGAGAGGACCCCUUCUGCCUCGCCUCCCACGUCAGUGCAUGCCCUGAGACCCGCAGAUGUCCGUGUUGUGGCCGCGUUGGGGGAUUCUCUGACUGCUGGCAGUGGAAUUGGCUCCAAACCAGGCGACCUCGCUGAUGUCAUCACACAGUAUCGGGGACUGUCCUAUAGUUCAGGAGGGGACGGCUCCCUGAUGAAUGUGACCACCUUACCUAAUAUCCUCCGGGAGUUUAACAGCAACCUCACUGGUUACGCGGUGGGCACUGGUGAUGCCAGCAACACCAAUGCAUUCCUCAACCAGGCCGUUCCUGGAGCGAAGGCUGAAGAACUUAUGAGCCAAGUCAAGACUCUGGUGCAGAAGAUGAAAGAUGAUCCUAGAAUAAAUUUCCACGAAGACUGGAAGGUCAUCACGGUGCUGAUUGGAACCAAUGAUUUGUGCAACCACUGCACAGAUUUGGACCUGUAUUCUUCAGCCAACUUUUUCAACCAUCUCCUCAAUGCCUUGGACAUCCUACAUAGAGAGGUUCCCAGAGCCUUGGUCAACCUCGUGGACUUCAUGAACCCCAGUAUCAUGCGGCAGGUGUUCUUGGGAAACCCAGACAAGUGCCCCGUGCAGCAGGCCAGCAUCUUGUGCAACUGCGUCCUGAGCCUGAGGGAGAACUCCUAUGAGCUGGCCAGGAUGGACGCCCUGACCCGAGCCUACCAGAGCAGCAUGCGUGAGCUGGUGGAAUCAGGCCGCUAUGACACCCGGGAGGACUUCUCUGUGGUCCUGCAGCCCUUCUUCCUCAACAUCCGGCUCCCCAUCCUGGAGGAUGGGCGUCCAGACACCUCCUUCUUUGCCCCGGACUGCAUCAACCCAGGCCAGAAAUUCCACUCCCAACUCUCUAGAGCCCUUUGGGUCAAUAUGCUUGAACCUGUAGGAAGCAAAACUGAUACUCUGGACCUGACAGCAGACAUCUCCCUGCCCUGCCCCACCCAGGAGGAGCCCUUCCUGAGAACCCCCCAGAACAGCGACUACACGUACCCCACCAAGCCAGCCAUUGAGAACUGGGGCAGUGACUUCCUGUGCACAGAGUGGAAGCCUUCCAAUAGCGUCCCCACCUCAGUUCACAAGCUCCAACCAGCAGACAUCAAAGUGGUUGCAGCCCUGGGUGACUCGCUGACUACAGCAGUGGGAGCCCGAGCAAGCAACUCCAGCGACCUGCUCAUGUCCUGGAGGGGGCUCUCCUGGAGCAUUGGAGGAGAUGGAGCCUUAGAGACCCACACCACACUGCCCAACAUUCUAAAGAAGUUCAACCCUUCCAUCUUUGGAUUCUCUACUGGUAUGGAAGAGACGGCAGGAUUCAACGUGGCAGUGGAAGAAGCCAGAGCUCGGGACAUGCCAGCCCAGGCCCGAGACCUGGUAGAACGAAUGAAAGCCAGCACCGAGAUCAACCUGGAGAUGGACUGGAAACUGAUCACCCUCUUCAUUGGCAGCAAUGACUUGUGUCAUUACUGUGACAAUCCGGAGAACCACUCGGCCGAGGAGUAUGUCCAGCACAUCCGACAGGCCCUGGACAUCCUGUAUGAGGAGCUUCCGAGGGCCUUCAUCAACGUAGUAGACAUCAUGGAGCUGGCUGGCCUGCACCAGGGCCAAGGCGGGCAUUGCACUGCGCUGCUGGCAGCACAGAGCACCUGCAGUUGCCUCCGACACUUCCCCAGCUCUCCUGUGAUCCAAGAGCUGAAGAAAGUGACCUGGAACCUCCAGAGUGACAUCUCCAGGUUGUCCUACCAAGAAAAGUACACGCAGCGCGAGGACUUUGCGGUUGUGGUGCAGCCCUUCUUCCAAAACACGCUCAUCCCGCUGGACAAGCUCGGGAGCACUGACCCCACCUUCUUCUCUGAGGACUGUCUUCAUUUCUCAGAACGUGGCCACGCGGAGAUGGCCAUCGCACUCUGGAACAACAUGCUGGAACCAGUGGGCCAUAAGACAACCUUCAACAACUUCACCUACAACCGAACCAAACUCAAGUGCCCCUCGACUGAGAGCCCUUACCUCUACACCCUUCAGAACAGCUUGUCACUCCCAGUCCAGACUGAAAAAGCCUCUGGUGUAGCCCCCGGGAUUGUGUCAGCAGCAGCAGCAGGUGGCCUCCUGGUCGGCCUCAUAGUCGGCAUCCUUGCAGUGAGCCUGUGGAGCAGCUUUAGACGUCGCCAGAAGAAAUCUCCCCCAGAAAGCGUGCCAGUUGCCAACUUCUAAGCCUUUGGGAGCAGAUCCUCACCCUCACUACCCAGCCACCCUCCUCACCAGUCCCUCUCGGUGACACAGGAAGCCAAACGGACUAUUGUGACUUCUCGGCCCAUGGGCUGUUUUCUGGCCUUACUCCUAGAAUUGACAAAUUUAAUAAAAACCAAAGCCAUCA